GGGACUAUGACGACAUCGACGAGGAAGGAUCCGUUAACCCCCAGGCCGUUCAUAUGGCCUUCAAACCCAGUAGAGCCAGCCAUGUACACAGCUUCUGUAGCUUCAGCAGCAGUCUGGACAGCCAGGCCAGUCCACACCCCCACCACAGAGCUGCCGCCAUCCUCCCCCACCUCAGAGUACAUGAAUCAGUCCAUGCUGUUUGGAGAGAACCCUCGUUAUGAGAACUUCCUCUGAUCGGGAGGAUCCCGCCACCCUCGGUGC